AUGCGUUUCCAAGUUUCCGUUUCCGCGUUUCCACGUUUCCACGUUUCUCCGUUUCCGUUUCCGUGUUACAUAGCUCUUCCACCACUGUUGGUUUUCGUCUACUACCAUUACUGUCGGCUUCCCCCUGUUAGCACCACUACCAUCUUCCAUUUAACAGAAGCUUUGAAACCAGUUGCAUCCACGAUUGUGCAGAAGUUGUCGACUCAACAGCCUAGCUUGGAGAGGAGAUUGAAAGUGCUCAAGGAGACUUCUGCUGAAAUUUGUGUCACUCUUCAUUUGGAGGAAGAUGUUUGUAAACUUGCAUACUUGAACAUUCUAAACUGCUUGUUAAUGUUUCAUCGCUGGAUAAUUAUUUUCCAUGUUUAUAGGAACAAAAGCUACAAGAGCCUAAUAGAUCAGCUACCCCUGAUAAUGCUAAGCUCGGUGUUGAUACACAAAAAUGUGGCUACAACUACUCGAGAUGCUUUUGAAUCAGCUACUUACGCAGCUAUGGUGGCAAGGACUGCUAGUGAACUCUUAAGGUCUGAAUCACAGGACUAUGAUACAGAUAAUGAUGGUGGUGGUUUCAGUCAUUGA